AUGGACACACCCCUCAUCCCCUUUGCCGACUUUGACAGUCCCUUCCCUGCCGGCUGGCACGACGUCCGCCACUACGACGACCUCGACACCGGCCUCGGAGAAGGCUUCAAUUUCGACAGCCCCCUAGAGGCAUCUCCUUCGCCUGCCCCCACUGACUAUGAGGCUGUCGAGACCGUCAACGGUCUUGAUAUUCACAGCUAUCUGGCCAGUGUGGAGAGCCAGUCCCGCGUGGUCCAGCCCGGCAACCUCACUGGCUUUGACGACCUCUGCCCCUCCCACUGGUGGAGACGGGUAAUGUCUCCUGCUUCGGCAGAGCCAGUGAGAUUGAGACCGUUGGGCUGCGACUGCGAGGUCGGAGCCAGUGAUUCGGAGGAGGAGGUCUUGCUGGACGAGACCGACUCUGAAGAUGAACUUCGUCCCAAGCAAUUGGCGGCGAAGAGACCUGUGGGUGCUUUUGGCCCUGCAGGUUCUGGUGACGACGAAGAGGAGAGGCCCUCUUCAGGUGGCGACCCCAUCGCGGAAGCCCCUGAAGGGCAGCAGGAACUUGAGGAGGAGGAGGAGGAGGAUGAGGAGUUCGAGGACGACGACGACGAGUACGACCCUGAGGCCGCUCCUGCUCGCCCUGUUCGUCGCGCUGCAGGAGGCAAGCAACCCUCAAGGAUCUCGGCCGCGCCCGCUCCCACCAUCUCCUCUCGCAAGGCAAGCGCUUGGUCUCAGGCCGAGGAUGCUGCCUGCAUCAAGUUCAUGAAGGAGGUGUGCACUCUGGAUGGGUACGCCGCCAUUGCUGGCACAGAGAAGCGCUUCGAGGUGGUCGCCGAUCGCAUGAAGCGUGAAGCUGGCUUCAACCGCACCGCUUCUGGUGUGAAGCUUCAGUGGAACCGCAGAUUGCGGGCUGCCUCGAAGUUCGAGGAUCGCGGUGAGAAGAAGCGGGCUUCUGGGCUCACCACCUCUGCUCUCCCUGGUCAGAGCACCAAACAUGGCACCUCCGCUGUCACCUCUUUGGUCGCCAGCACCCCAUCGAAAGGCAAGGAGUCUUCGGCAACUCCUGCUUCUUCCAUUGAGACAAGUUACGGUCGCCGUCAAAACAACAAGCGCAAGGCCAACUCCGACGACGAGGACGACGACGACUUCAUUUCUACACCUCGUCCUUCGAAGCCUGCCAAACGUGUUCGUAGCACCUCGGUUAUGUCUUCGUCGGCUGUGCCUUCGACUCAAGAUCUUGCCUACUACGACCUCUCGACCGAGAACAUCAUUUCUGGUCCCAGGUCAUCUCGUCACAGACGCGCUCCCACUGGCGAGGCUCCAACCAUCACUGCACCACCACCACCACCACCACCACCACCACUACCACCUGCCAGAUCAUCUCGCCAGAAGCCCAUCACCGCCACCAGUGACGACGAUGAUGAGGAAGAAGUCAUCCCACCUCCCAAGCCAUCAGCCAGAUCAAGUCAGCAGAAGCGUGCUCGCACCAUCGACGACGAUGAAGACGACGAACAAUCCACUGCAGCACCUUCACCCAAGCGCAAGCGUUUCUCCAACGACGACGAACAAUCCACCUCAGAGCCUCAGCCCAAGAAGAAGAAGCGCAUGUCCGACUUCACUCCUGUCAACAGAUUCAGCAACAACGACGGCCGCCCUCUCGACAAGUCCAAGACCAGCGACGUGGCCGAUUUUUAUGAUCCCAGAAAGCACUACACACGCAAGAUCUCACCUGAGCCUGCACUCACCAAACUUGCCAUUGAACGUGAGGAACACGAACGCCAACGCCAAGCCGAAGAGCAAGAAGAGGAAGACGACGACGACGACGACGACGAAGAAGAAGAUGAAGACCCUGUUAUCAACCCUGCCGAGAGAACCAGAAAGAAUCGCGAGCUUCGCAGACUGAUGACUGGUUUUGUCAGACCUGAUUCGCCCUCUGAAUCUUCCUCGACUAACUUUGUCCAACACUACCAGACCUUUGUCAACUAUCAACAGACCCGACAGAUCUUCUCCAUCUUGGACUGUCGACAGACCUUCGACUAUCACCAGACCCUCUUCGGCUAUCGACAGCCGUUCUUCAUACACCAGACCUUCUCCACCUACUACGUCUGCAUCAACUAUCAACAGACGCUCUUCGACCGCCAACAGACCUUCUUCAUUCAUCAGACCUUCGCCAAGCACGACCAGAGCUCCUCCAUCUACUACAUCUUCCGCCAACAGAACCAACUCACGCCCCAACGUCGAUCCUCUUCAACCAUGGGGCCCAAACGGACCUUCUUUCUUCGGCACACGACCAUCUCGCCGCGUUGGUCAAACAACACUGCUGGUACUGGUGUUCAAAACGACCCCAUUGUUGCCACCGCCGCUGCUGCUCAAAUCGCUGCCGACGAGGAGAUGGCAAGACAGGUGCAGGGGGAGUGGAAUGAAGAACCUGCUCCUCGCGUGCGUCGUGGUCGCGGGUUCAACUGA